UGACAACUGACGGAAUAAAUUGACUGACUGCUAAUAUUGUAAUUUCUCACAUUAUCGUAAUAUAUUUUGGACUUGAACUAAUAUUUUAUUAAUGCAAUUAAUAAUAAUAGUGACUUGUAAUUAUUUACGAAUUCGCUAAUCACAAGGAAUUAACAAUUUUUUAUUUUGUCUCUUAUUUAACAUGUCUCAAUUGAAAACAAAUAAGAAGUUUAAAUGGGCUCUAGAUUUUAAUCCCAAGAACAAAACCUCGACAACAGAAUUGGCCUCUCCGCCUGGUUAUACUCAAUCAGCAAAUGCGAAUUAUACAGAAACCUCAAAAGAUAAUGACUCUAAUUUAUUAUUAAUAAAAAAGCUAUGGGACGUCGCCUUAGGGCCUUUGAAGCAGGUACCUAUGAACCUUUUCAUCAUGUAUAUGGCUGGAAAUUCUAUUUCCAUUUUUCCAAUAAUGAUGGUGGGUAUGUUAAUUGUUCGCCCAAUUAAAGCACUGUUUGCUACACAAAGUACAUUCAAGAUGGUAGAAGGAACUCAGGCAAUUGGACAGAAAUUUGUUUACUUUAUUGGGAAUAUUGUUAAUAUAAUAUUGGCUCUGUAUAAGUGCCAAAGCAUGGGUUUACUGCCUACCCAUUCUAGUGAUUGGCUAGCAUUUGAAGAACCACAAACUAGAGUGGAACAUGUGGGAGGUGGUUUGUCUUUACUUUAAGGUAAUAAAAAAAACUGCAGUAUAUUGUUUUUAUUGCUAAUGUUAAUUUAUUAAAACAUCAUUGUAUAGAACUAAUAAACGGUAUUUACAGUAAGACAAUAUUAGAGUUUCAUUUCCUGGCUACAUUUGCUCAUCA